AUCUGCUAAGAUUUAAUUCUUUUCCGUGAAAGUUGGCUUUAACAGAAGGAGGUUGCUAUGACAACGCGCUUCAUGCAAAUGAUCGUGCCUGCCGGGGAUGGUGGAAAUGAGGAACCGAAAUGAGAAGCAAUUUGGCUGGGGAACAAAAUCACUGGUGACACAUACGAAGAUGGAGGGAUGGAAAAAGAGCAUUGGUGCUCUGAGUGAAGACGUCCUGAACAAGCUGUCGAAGAUGUUGGACAACUUAACCUGCGGAUGGAGGCAGCUGGCGAGUGUCGCGUCCGAGCAUCCGAAAUUCCGAUGCAGUGAGAGUGAGCUGACCAGCUGCUCACUCCAGGUGCUGAGCGCUGCAGGCAGCCCAGGACGCGCUCUCCUGGAUCGGCUGGCUGAUCGGUCCUGCUCCCUGGACUUCCUGCUCCAGUGCCUGGUGAAGAUGGACCACCAAGAAGCUGUGCAGUACCUCAACACCACAGUGUCUCAGAUGAUUCAGAUCACAGAGCAGCCACAGUCCCAGCAGGCCACAGAGGGCGGUAGGGUGGUAUUGACUUGCAGAGCCUCUGGUCCACCUGGACUCAGCUACCAGUGGUUCAGAGGCAAAGAUGAGAUUUUGGAUGCAACAGGGAGUACACCAGAGCUGGUUCUGUGUCCUUUGGCACCAGUGCACCAGGGUCACUAUAUCUGUAGGAUUAACCAUGGAGAAAACUACAGCUUCUCCCAAUGGGCUCAUGUUCUUUACGUCAAUUCUGCAGGUUGCAGCAGCAGUCUGUUUCCAGGCUCGGUGAGUGGGCUGCUUAUUACUCAUCAGCCUCAGUCCCAAGCAGUGUCUGAGGGCGACACUCUGUACCUGGAGUGCAAUGCAGAGGCCAACCCUCCUGCACAGUAUGAGUGGUACCACAACUUGGUGCCCAUGGAACAACACAAGACACAAUCACUCAAGAUCCCGUGUGUGACCACAGCACACAGAGGACAGUACAGAUGCAGGGUGUUCAACUUGUAUCACGAGGCGUGGACUGACACAGUGACAGUCACCAUCGGCCCCAGUUCCAUCACUGAUGCCUCCUGGGUAGAAGUUGACCGUGGCCCAGACUCACAGGAAGUCCACAUAUCAACAUAUGAACCAGGAAAACAUCCACUAAAAAGGACAGUCAGUCCGUCUCUGUCAGCCAAGCUUUUCUAUGCAACAGACAAAGUUGCUCUCCUGAUUGGCAACAUGAACUAUCUCUACCACACUCAGCUGUGUGCUCCCAUCGCUGAUGUCCACGAGUUGACCAACCUGCUCAGACAGAUGGACUUCAAGGUGGUUUCUCUGCUCGACCUCAACUGGCAGGAGAUGCACAGCGCCGUUACAGAAUUCCUCUUGCUGUUGGACAAAGGAGUCUAUGGGUUGCUGUACUUUGCUGGUCAUGGUUAUGAGAAUUAUGGCAACAGUUUCAUGGUUCCCAUUGAUGCACCGGCCUCCUACACAUCAGAGCACUGUUUGUGUGUACAGAAUAUACUGACCAGGAUGCAGCAGAAAGAGACUGGACUUAACGUGUUUCUACUGGACAUGUGUCGCAAAAGAAACCUGAAUGAUGAUAUCAUUGUGCAACCAGGACUGAUCAAGGUGACAGCAAAUAUAGUGUUUGGAUAUGCCACGUGCGUAGACGCAGAGGCCUAUGAAGUGAAGAGGGAGGAUGUGUCCAAUGGAAUCUUCAUAAGCUUCCUCAAGCAGCGAGUUUGUGACGAUGAGAAGGUCACAGUCAUGCUAGACAGAGUGGCUGAAGACAUGGGUCGCUGUGAGAUCACACGAGGAAGGCAGGCUCUGGAGCUACGCAGUAAUCUGUCUGAAAGACGUUCCCUCACCGACCGCAUACAGACCUCUGACCACUGUUCAGCGUCCUAUUCAGCACGAAACCUGCAGUGGGCUGUCGCUCACGUUCUACCAGAGAGCCUUUAUCUGCAGUUUGACUGUGGAGUGAAGGUUCAACUUGGGUUUGCCGCGGAGUUCUCCAACGUCAUGGUCAUCUACACUCGGAUACUUGAGAAGCCCAAAGAAAUUGUCUCCUGCUCUGCUCAGCUUACUGACUUCCCUGAGGAUGUGGACAUUGAUCUGAAGAAGAGUAACCAGGAGACUCUGCUUGAAGCUGGCAGUUUAUUAUUGAUCAAGGAAACUCUUCCUUCACCGGAGGUCCCUUGUCUCUACACGCGCAUCCAAAGCCUGCAGAGACUCAGGAGUGAGCUCACGUUCACUGCGUGCCUUCAUUACACUUAUACCAACAUGGAUGAAGAAGUACAGGAGAGGAAACCAGUGACGGUUGGUAAACCACUCGUCUCUAAACUCAACCUGUAUGAGCCACGACUAUCACCCUCCUGCUCUGCCUCCUCCUCCUCCAGCCUCGACUAUUUCAACAUUGCAGAGUGCUCUUCCUUUCCCGAGGCCUCUGCUGCUGCUGAUACAGCCUCAAAUACAUUGUCACAUUAUGCACAAACUGGCGGAGAAUCUGCCACCACUGACUUUCCAGCUGCAUCUAAAAGUACCAAUAUACCAGAGGAGACUGAGAGUCCUGGACUAUUUGAUCCCCUGCAACCUGUUGUGGCAAGCAAAAGCUUACCCCACAGCAAAGUAAAUGACACAAACUACAAAUUUAGUGACAUGUGCAAUUUUAAAUCUUACUAAGAAUUAUGAAAGCUUUGAUUUGACCAUUACAUAGAUAAAAUCAGAAGUAUAAACAAAGAAGUGCAAAGAUGAGGGGGGAAAAGGCCUGUGAUAGUGAAUCAUUCCACUAUACCCAGGAUUCAUGUGACUGUGGUCCACUCACCUGUUAUCUUUAUCUUGACUAUACGUUAAGCUUUUGUAAUGUUUUGUAAAAAAUUUGAUAUGUGAUAUGCAUUGAAAAACUAACACUGCAAAUCAUGUUCAAUGUGUUCUGAGUAAGAAGGAAGAAAUAAAACAACCAUUUAGACUA